AUGGGCAGAGAAUCAUCUGCAGCCGCCUCGUCGUCGUCGUCGUCCACGGCACCCACGCAGCCGGCGGCACCACCGCCAGCCGCCAACAACAACAGCAGCACGCUGCAGGCCCAAGCGCUGCUCGACCUCGCGCGGCUGCGGCCCGACGAGCUAGCAGCCGCGGUCGCGGCCGCCUCGGCAUCCUCGGGCUCCAAUCUGAGCCCCGACCUCGUUCGGCUGUCCGAUAUUGUGACCCACGCGACCAUGGUGCUUUCGCAGCCAUCAGCCCAAGCCUCGAGCUCGUCCUCGUCUUCUGGCGCCGGCGGAGGCCCGAGCGGACCAAAGAAAUACACACGCUCACGACGCGGCUGCCUCACCUGCCGCAGCCGCAAGGUCAAGUGCGAUGAAGUCCGGCCCCGCUGCCUCCGCUGCGCGGGCAUGGGACGCGAGGUAAGUGGCAGUGGCUGCCAAUGGGACAAGGACGACAAAGCGGGCAACAAGGGCAGCGAGCCACGACAAGCGAGCCAGGGCGGCCGCGCGGCGCGGCGCAAGCAGUCUGACAAGCCGGCAGACAGCGUGAGCCCGCCCUUGAAGGCGAGCGCGAGCACCAGCACAUCCGGGAGCACAGGCACGACGAACGGCAACCCGCUGGCGCGGACCGACUCGGGGGCGAGCACGACGAGCCCGACCGGCCCGUCGACCGGCGGCGCGAGCGAGGCCGCCGUCGCGGACGGGCUGUCGCAGGCGCUCGCAGAGGACCCGGCGCUGACGGCCGCGCUGGCCGAGCUGGUCGCGCUCGCGCCGACGCUGCGCGAGCACCUGCCUGCUGCUGGCGCUGCCUCGGCGCCGUUCGCGAGCGGCACCCUCGCGGCCGACUUUGCCGCGUGGCCUGGGGCGGCGCUCACGCUGCCCAUCCAGCCGAGCCCCGCGCACUCGCCGCGCAGGGCGAGCGCCGACGACGAGCGUGCGGUACGCGGCGGCGGCGGCGGCGGCGCGGCGAGCCCGCGCUGGGACGACUUCUUGGCCGCGACCAGCCCGUUUCCCUGGGUCCCGGGACAGAACGAGGGAGGAGAUAAGGCCGUCGCCCCGGCUCGGGAUGCCGACGCGAUGGACGUCGAGGACGUGGUCGAGCUCGCGAGGACAACAGAUACCGAUCGCCGCGGCAAUAUCCAGCUGUCCGAGGUCGCUGCUGCCCAGUCCAUGUCGGCAAUGCCGCUGCCCACUGCCGCGGCCGGUGAUGCCAAUCUCUCGCUUACGCUGGGCCAGAUUGCAGCGCGGCGACGGACCAACCCAACGGGCAGCGGCACGCCGGCAGCGCACAGCGGCGGGCGGCCGUCAAAUCCAGCGACGUUCGAGCUCGUCGCCGGCCCGCAUGCGCCGCUGGACCCAUUCAUGCACGCGUUCCCGACUGCGUCGGCGCGCAACCUGUUCAAGCACUACGUCGACAGCACGUCGAGCAUCGUGACGGCCAUGGGGCGGAUCAAGCCGGGGCAAAACCCGUUCCUUGCCGUCUCGCUGCCACUCGUGCUGUCCGACACGAGCUCGCCGGCGUGUGCGGCGCUCCGGUUCUCCCUGCUCACCACGUCGGCGGUGCACAUCCUCCACCUGCGCGGCGGGCAGGCGCGUGACGUCGCCGAGCUGUGCGACCGGCUCAAGCGCCUCGCGAUCGGCUACACUGUCAUGUCGCAGGCGAGCGAGAAUGCCGAGGACGCGGAUCUUGUGCUCGCCGCGUGCUGUAUCCUCACUACGCGCGACGUGCUCAACGCCGACACGACAUGGCGCAACAACUUUGACUUUGCGAUUUCCUGUGUCCGCCGUCGCGGUGGCCCAGAGCAGCUCCUCGCUCGCGACCCGACGAGCUUCACCAAGCGCUUUGUGCUCGAGCAGCUUGCGACCCACGAGGUGUUCUCGUGCUUUACGACUGGCAGCGAGCCGACGCUGCUGAUUCCCAACUCGGCGUGGUGGUUCGACAUUGAGCGCAGCUCGCGUACCGGCUGGGAAUGGGAGAGUGUCGAGAACCAGUUUGGUAUCUCGCGGGGUAUGGUCGAGGUGGUCGCAAGGAUAUGCGCACUCUGCGCCCGCAAGAAUCGCCUGGGGCCGGGCGCAUCGCUCGACGACCCCGACCUCGCGCCGGUCGCCUCGUAUCUGCGUACCGAGGCCGAGGCCAUCAUCUCCGAGCUGGACCUGUUCGGUGUCGCGCUGCGGUCGCUGCCGUUCCACCAGCGCGUCCAGCUCGGAGACCACAUCUACCGCAUGGCCAUGAGCCUGCACCUCAUGACCGACGUGCUGGGCCUGCCAGCCGAGCACCCGCGCGUGCGCGCGCUCGUGCCCGCCGCGCUCGAGCUGUGCUCCGAGAUCUCGAUGCAGCCCGUCAUGCUGGUCUGGCCGCUCAUGUUCAUCUCACGCGCGUCGACCAAGGACGAGCGCGAGUGGAUGCAGAGCCUGCUCAAGACGUACGCCGGCGAAUACUGCCGCGAUCUGCAGACGGCCGACGAGCUCAUCCACGAGCUGUGGCGGAGGCAAGACGCGGGCGAGGCGCCCGCAAGCUGGCACGAGCUGAUGCAGGACACGGGGAAGAGCGUGUUGUUGAUUUAGGGAGCGCUGGGAAUUAAUAUUAUGCCACGCCCGGC